AUGGAUCCUUCCAAUGUAUUAAUGAAGAGAAAAGUAGGCGGUGUUAGAGUAGCAAGAACAACAACUCGAAACUCUCAAACGACGAACCAAGAUAAAUACACAAUUCAGUACUUUCAACAACUGAUUGAUAUCGAAACAGUUUGCGAGAACGCUUUAAGGUCGUUAAGACUCGAAGUUGAAGAAAAUAAUGAUAUUCUUCAAAAGGUUCAAGAAGAACAAUGGAAGAACCAAUUUGAUAUCCCUAUUUUUACAAAAUAUUAA